AUGGUUGAGUAUUCUUCCAGCGAAGGCCAGAUGCUUCUGGCCCGAGAUGCCACCUUUGAGAAGAUUCUUCACAAGGGAACGUCGCGGGACAAUGUAGGCAUGUCGGCGAUGCUGAAGAAAGAUCAUGAAGCUCAGCAAGCAGCCUCGGACGAGUACUUCAAACAUUGGGAUAACAAGAGUGCUCAGAAGGAGACAAAGGAAGACCGUGAUGCCAGAACUGCAGACUACGAAUCUUUGACAAGACAAUAUUACAACCUCGCAACCGAUUUUUACGAGUACGGUUUCGGAGAAAGCUUUCACUUCUCCCGGGCAGCCAUAGCCGAAAACUUCAAGCAGAGCAUCAUUAGACACGAACACUACUUGGCGAAAGCGAUAAAUAUCAAGACGGGCAUGAAGGUCUUGGAUGUUGGCUGCGGUGUCGGUGGACCGGCUCGUGAGAUUGCCAAAUUCACGGGGGCUUACAUCACCGGCAUCAACAUCAACGAAUACCAAGUAGAAAGAGCAACCCGCUACGCCAAGAAACAAGGCAUGCAAAACCAGCUUCAAUACGUACAAGCGGAUUUCAUGAAAAUCCCUUUCGAAGACAAUACCUUUGACGCAGUUUAUGCGAUCGAAGCCACAGUCCACGCUCCCUCCCUCGAAGCAGUCUACUCCGAGAUCUACCGCGUCCUCAAGCCUGGCGGUGUUUUCGGCGUAUACGAAUGGGUCAUGACCGAGUCCUACGACAACGACAAUCUCUCCCAUCGUAAGACCCGCAUCGAAAUUGAGCAGGGCGACGGUAUUGCCAACAUGGUCAAGGCCUCCGAGGCGGUGCGCGCUUUCGAGGCCGCUGGCUUCGAGAUUCUGGAGCAUGAAGAUAUGGCAGAGCGGCCGGAUCCCAUUCCGUGGUACUGGACCCUUGAUGCCGGCAGCUGGCGACACGCGCAGACGAUGGGCGAUUUGUUUUACACUUUCCGCAUGACUGGGCUGGGAAGGAUGGCGACGCAUUACUUCCUGAAGGCUAUGGAAACAUUCAAGCUCGCGCCGCCGGGUGUGAUGAAGAUGUCGGAUAGUCUGUGCGUGGCGGCGGAUGCGUUGGUAUUAGGCGGGAAGGAAAAGAUUUUUACGCCCAUGUAUCUCAUGGUCGGACGGAAAUCUGAGAAGACGGAGUGA